AUGCCAUUGCGGUUUGCUGUACCAGCAGUUACUAUGCUGAAGUUGUUGCUCCCUUUGCAGAAACUUGUCAGAAAAGGAUGCACUAAGACACACCCAAACGAUUACGAGGAGGCACUUUCUUGGCUCGUGGAGACGGCUUCAAGGAAAAAUAUCUCACCAGAAGAGUUUAGAGUGCUUCACUUUGAACGGCCAUGGGCUACAGCUCCUGUGGUGAUUACCCACGGUUGGAAAGCGGAACUUGAUAUGAGUGCUAAUGGAUUGAUCAGAUGGCUGCAUAAUCCUGAGAGAGAUGUUAACAUAGAAUUCGACUCGCAAGACAGCCUCUAUACGGUUCAAGUGAAAGCGGUCUUUUAUGCGAUUCUUAGUGCGAUGUUUCACCGAGUUUCCCAUGUUAUAAUAUAUACACCAAACGAAAUUGUCGUGAAAGUUGGAAAUGGAAUCUUUAAUCCUAAGAAGGAGACUAAAUUAUUCCAAGGCAUCAGAAGGAGGACUUUAAUAAGUGAACAAGAUCACGACACACAGGCAAAACUUCAUGUUUUGGACGGUGAUGCAUUGAAAAAACUCCAUGUGACACUAGAGGAGGCUACGAGUCGGAAGAAUGUUUCUUUAUGCUCUGAAAAUCUUUUUAGAGAACGGCAUUCCAAUGAACUUGUCCGAAUAACGUGA